CCUGGCCUUUCGGGGCUGCAGGGUGACGAUGAAACCAAAAGAUGGUGCACAGGUAAAAAUUAACCCUGAACGACAUUGAUUAAACUUUUAAUUAGUAGCUGUUUACUGGGGAGGUUGAACUGUGUGUGUGUGUGUGUGUGUGUGUGUGUGUGUGUGUGUGUGUGUGUUUUUUUUUUUUAGUUCAAUACUAAAUUUCUUUCGUUUCAAUACCAAAUCUAAGUCCAAUACCAAUCACGGUGCUUCAAUACCAAAUGGAUUUUUCAAUACCAAAUGUACCCUAAUUUGGUAUUAAAAAAUACCAAAUGGCAACCCUGGCCCUAUUGUCGCCCCACAGAGGCCAUUAUUAAUUAUCCACUGAGUCAGUGUGUCUCAGUCGAUCUCAAACCGCACUGCGUAGUGUGCGCGGCUGUGAGUCGCUGUGUUCUAUAUAGUGGACUCUUGCGUAUACGUUAGGGGUGCCAGAUUCUGCUUUGAUCAAGGCAACACAUUUUGGUUUGCGGUGAUACGAUCCUUGGAGUGCUUGCUUGUGCUUGGAGAUAUUGUAAUACACUUCGCACAUUACUGUUCAUUCAGGUAAUGCACAAUAUAUUCUAAUAAUGAUAACAUACAGCAGCAGUGAUGAUGACUACGAGCCAUCAUAUAACACGGAUCCCAUAGAAAGUCGGCGUGAGAAGUCGAGAGAAAAGCGAAAUCGUAGGAAAGCACAAUGGGCUCGCAAAAGAAGAAAAUUAUUGCAAGAGAAAAUACCAGUAAUUGAAGGCAUUCGAGAUCCGCUGCUGCCCUCAGAAAGCGAAGAAGAAUUUUAUAGAAAUUAUAAAAGUAGUGUUCAUGAGUUUACAGACAGCAGCGACCCACCUCUAUCUGACGCAUCUAUGGAACAACCUCCCCAAACCCUUGACAUGUUAAAUGGCCCCAGCAAGACUGAUUCUGCAAUAAGUAAUGUCACUAAUGUGCUACAUGGGCCUAGUCGCCCAGGAAACAGCGAGUUGGGCCUUGGCCCUUGCGAGACCUCCGAUGAAGAGAGUAUUUCAAAGCUAGAGAGGCUAGAGGGACUGAUCGUGCAUGACUAUACCGAUAGUGAUGAACACUCUGACAGUGUAGACGUGACUGUACUCAGACGAGAUGCUCCAGGAACAUUAUGGGAUGAAUUACGAACAAUUCAUUUCGAAUGUAAGUUAACGCGAGAUGCUACAAACAGAAUAUUGCGUGCUCUGUCUAAAUAUGGAAUAGGAUCAUUGCACACACUGCCACUUGACUGUAGAACCUUAACAAGUAUAGCUGGGGGCGCGGCAAUGGGCAAUGGCAUUUUUACGCGUUCAGGCGUAGAGUACUAUUACUUUGGCGUCGAAAGCCAAAUAAAAUCGAUACUAAGAAGGUAUCCCUUACAAGUAAGAUCACAGUUAAAGGAGAUUACUAUCUCCCAAAACUUAGAUGGGAUACCUUUAUUUAAAAGUUCUGGUAUCGCUGCUUGGCCUUUACUUAUGCAAAUAAGUAAUAUUCGACCCAGAGCAGUCUUUCCUGCAGUAAUUGGAGUAUCUAAAAAUAAACCACAGACACUUGAGUACUUGGAGGAGGCCAUAAAAGACCUUGCAGAUCUACUACGAUCAGGAAUUGAGGUCGAUGGAAUAAGAUAUCAAGUUAAAUUAGGUCACGUAAUAUGUGACGCCCCAGCGAGAGCUCUCGCCAAAAAUGUAGUUACCUUUAAUGCGAGCUAUGGGUGUGACCAGUGUACUUGUUGGGCAGUACACGAUGGAAAAAGACUUAUUUGGACUCAGACAAACUCCAUUGAUCUACGAACAGACGAAUCUUUUAGACUGCGGCAGCAACCACAGUACCACAAAGGAAAUUCAGUUUUUGAAAUGCUGCCCCUCGACAUGGUCGAGGACUUUCCAAUAGAUUUUAUGCACCAGGCUGGUGGUACAAUGAGGAAACUCAUUAGCUGGAAUGUGGAGGGCCCUAGAAAGGGAGGGGAAGGCCGUGUUAUGUGCCGCAUGUCCCCAAGUAUGGUGAGCAUGUUGGACAACAGACUAAGAGCCAUACAAAACCAAAUUCCCAACUGUUUCGCCAGGAAAGCGAGGCCAACAACUGAACUACAGAGGUAUAAGUUCACCGAGUUAAGGCAGUUGCUGCUUUAUACGGGGAAAAUUGCUUUUCACGGGCUUAUGGCCUCCUCAAAGCACUACAAGCAUUUAUGUAGCUUCAAUGUGGCUUGCAGUAUUCUAGUAGAUGAUAACUUAAGUCAUUACUUGAACCUUUCGGAAUUACUGCUCCAAGGAUUUGUGAAAGACUGUAUUAAACUUUAUGGCACAGCAUUUAUGGUGUACAAUGUCCACGCCAUGCUUCACCUACCUCGUGCUGCUAAAAAGUUUGGAGCACUGGAUGCUGUCAGCGCAUGGCCAUUCGAGAAUUAUUUGGGGAAAUUAAAGAAACAUGUAAAAUCAGGUAAUAGACCCAUAGUCUCUCUCAAACGAGGAUGUUUAGAAGAGAAGGCCUGCCAUGAGGGUAAGUGCGAUCUGGAGGAAAAAACAGACCAGCACAUUGCCACAAAGAGACCUAAUAACAGUUAUGUCGAUAUGGAUUCGAAAUCCUGUUUCGACAUAGUUAAAGUAGAUCCUGCCGGUAAAAUGGUACAUGCUAUAAAAUACCUUGACCCGAAACCCUUCUUCAAGGAGCCUGUGCCAUCCGAUGUAAUUGGAUGCUUUAAGGUAGUACGGACUAAUGUAUCGUACGUAACAUUAUCAGUUACUUAUGUCAAGACUCUGAGGCGUGCUAUGCGCAUAGACUUAGAAGGGCUUGAGGGCUGGCCAGAUAAAGAUUGUAAAGUUUCAGUAUUUAAUGCAUUGUAUCAUGAGACUUGCAGUUAAAGCAUUCAUUCUUAGUAACGUAUGUAUGCAAAGAUGUAUAUGUUUCUUAGUAUGUAUUGAACCAUCUGAGAUAGAAUAAGUUAACGUGAUUAUAUCAAUGCAUGACCAAAGAAUCUGUUAAGUAUUGAUCCAACAUUGGUGAUUAACCUAUGGGUUACAUAUUCCUUAUAGCGUAACUGAUCCUAAGCAUAUAUCUGUGUUUACAUAUAAUUUCUAUUACAUAUCUGUAGUCUAUUAAAGCAACUGCAGGAAAAUAUGUCAUCCAAGCGGUCCCAAAGAAGUGUCCAGGUGAGAAAACAACUCGAGAAACGACAUCGUACUGACCCACAAUGUUUCAGUUCCGGUGGGAAGGCGAGAUUCGCUGUCUUCGACUUUCUCAGAGACCGGCCUUGGAGCUGCAUGACAGUGCUAUCGAAAUGGAUCGUCCCGAUGUCAUCUCUGACAGCCGCUGAGAAAGAGUUAACUAAAGAUUUCAACAAGGAGGAGGCUGAUGCUCCUUACGUAUGCUGGUAUCCGCCGCCAGAGGAUUCUGAUUACACACGAAUCAGGAAACUCGUCAUAGUGGACAGCAACAGAGGAGAACAUUGGGUCCCUCUACCCGGACGCCUGCGUGGUCGAUACACCACUUAUGAACAGUGCGAAUACCUCGUCGCAAACAUAAUACUCACAAGUGAUUGUGAACAAGAAGCUACUGCAGAUGAUGGCAAGCGACAUGCAGCUGAUGGCUCUGUCAAGAGAAAAGCACAGUCUACCGUACAGAUCUCAUCAAAUCGAAAGAAAGUUAAGGAAAGGACGCGUGAAGCCGAUACUGAAAAAUCGGCUACGUCAGAAAAGACUGCACGUCCACGUACAAGUGAAACAGCUCAGGAUGGUGCAGCUUCACGAAAGUCGCAUGGUACCAGCAGGGUAGACAAAGAGGUAGUCAACAGAUCUAAACCGUUGGCAAGCACUCAUAACGUCGUAGCCAGCACCAGUUCUGGUGGGAAGCCUAGAUACUCUCUCUUCGACUUUCUAAGACUACGGCCUCAGAGCACCCUGACAGUGCUAUCAAAAUGGAUCGUUAAGAAGUCAUCUUUGAAAGGCAAAGAAAAAGAGUUAAUUCAGGACUUCAACAAGAAGGAGGCAGAUUGUUCAUUUGUGUGCUGGUAUCCG